AGCGCCUCGGCCAUGUGCUUACGAGAAGAAGAGAAAAUCGUGUAGUUUCCUCAGUUUGACUCACUUUCCUCCAGGUCGGCAAGCUGAGAGUAUCACGAGCAGCAAGCAGGCAGGCAGGGCGAGUAAAUUUCGGCACGUCUCAGCCUUCUGGUUCUCAAACAUCUGUCCGCAUCGCGGAACGGUAUCUACUCCGCGUGGUGUGGUGGUUGUGACUGAAACGGUCCGUGUUGAUAAGUACUUUGAUAAGUAAGAUAAGUUCAAAGUGAGAUAAAUAGAUCGAGUUAUACUUCCUGAGAACAAGUGGUUAAAAAGUCUGCAUGCAAAAUAAUAAUGUCAUCUUCCCGACGUCUUCUUAAAGGCUGGUGAAAAUAAGACUUAUCUCCUUUCCUGAUUAGUAAAACGAUCGUAAUUCAUGUCACAUUGCAUGAACUCAUUUUGCCCGGAUUCUUCCUUCCAAGUAAAGAGGAACUUUGUAUUCCAUCACAUCCUCGCCUGAGUUCUGACUUCUCUCUGUGUUUGUGUAUCUCUCCUCUGCACGUGUUUGUCUCUCUCGGUGUAAUAACUUUUCGAGCAAGUGGACGGAUUUGAGAGGAGAGAAGAAGCAGGGAAAGUGGAGAAAGGUGGUUUCUUCUCUCCCGUGUGUUUUGCACCUGUUGGGCCAGAAGCAGUGCUUGCUUGCUUGCAUGCAUUCACUUUCUGGUGGGGGGACGAAUGUAAGAAUAAUCUCGGAGGUGAAAGUACCAACCAACUUCCUCUCGUAAGACUUUCACCCAUGUCUUCUCUCCCGUGAUAAUGAAUACUGCUCCAUCCUCGUCCUUUUUUGGUGCUUGAUCCCUGAAUCUCGUAGUGAGUCAGAGAUUGGAGAAAGCAGUGCGUUGAAUUCGCCGUGAACAGAACAGUCGCCUGCUGCCUGGGAAUAUGUAACUCUCUGGUGAAUUGGAGACUCCUUCGCUGACUCAAAUUGAUGAACACACAGAGACAGAAUUUUCUCCACGCUCCAGUUCUUUCUCAUUUCCAAAUUUGGAUACAAAUAUCACCCAAAAAGAAAGGAACACACUCACCUGAUCAGGUUAUAAAUAAGUAGCUCUCUCCCCCUCUCAGGUUUUGGAGCAUAACAAUAAUCGUAUCGUAACGAUGAUGACUCUGUCAUUUCUUGCUACUCCCCCUCAAAGUUUGACUAUUAGUUUAUGCACAACUCGCAUAAUAAAUGAGCAGGUUUAAAGAAGUCGACGCGAUUCAUGUCACUCAAAGAAGAAGAAGGUGGUCGUAGGCGAGGAGAAAGUGGGACGACGUGUGUGCAUGUGAACAAAGAAGAAGAAGAAGCCAAGUGGCCUGGCCGGAGAAGCGAGUGAGCGAGUGAAACUGUGAGAAUGUUGAAAUGGAAAUAGAUUAAAGCGUUUAAGUGCUCUUCUCAUGAUUUCAACUCCCUCGACGUAAACUUUCCCUGGCAUCGUGAUCAUCAUCAUCAUCAUCUCGUCCUCCUCGUCCUUUUUGGUAGAAAUGCAUCUGCCACUUGGCUGCCUGCUCGUCGAGAGGAUCCACCAUUCCACCACCAGCAGGACUAGGACGGCUGCUGCUACUCCCUCCCUCCUGGCUCAUGACUCGUGUCUCCUUACACAACCACCACGGUGGCGUUAAUUACUUGAGAAACAAAGGACACCACCACCACGUAAGUAGUAGUGCGAGGAUCAAGUUCUUCCGCAUUCGAGAGUCGUCAUUUUGUGGAGAACAAUUAUGUGGGACAAGAAUAAACAGGGAGGUCUGCCCACACCGGAAGAAGACUUGGUCGUGUGAGGGACAAAUUGAGACAGAUUUACCCAUUGACCCCGUACGUAUUUUCCUUAAUGAUGGAGGUAGCCGCCAGCAGCAGUGAGGAGGGCGUCCUCAACGACAUGGCGGGCCACCCCGCCACCUACGACGAGGUGCAUAUGUACUUCACCAACAAUAACAUGAGCCUGGACGACUACUACGACUCUUUUAACGGGUCGAAUAACAAUACCGUCGUGCUCCACGCGGUGGGAGGGUACUCCACCCUGCACAUCAUCAUCUCCUCCAUCGUCCUCACUUUCAUGAUGAUCGUCGUCGUGAUCGGCAAUAUGCUCGUGAUCAUCGCCAUCGCGACGGAAAAGUCGCUCAAGAACUUGCAAAACUGGUUCAUCGCGUCGCUCGCGGUGGCCGACUUUUUCGUGGGGCUUCUCAUCAUGCCCUUCUCUCUGGCGAAUGAGCUCAUGGGGUACUGGAUCUUUGGCAGUGUGUGGUGCAGCAUCCACUCCGCGAUGGACGUGUUGCUCUGCACCUCCUCCAUCAUGAACAUUUGUCUCAUCAGUUUGGACCGGUACUGGUCAAUCACGCAGGCGGUGGACUAUCUAAAAAAGAGAACGCCCGUCCGAGCCGCCGUCAUGAUUGGGAUGGUUUGGGUGCUCUCUGCCUUAAUCUCGAUCCCACCUUUGUUAGGGUGGAGGGACCCGGACGCGAUCAACAGCUCACCCCUGCCGACGUGCCAACUGAGUAAAGAAAUCGGCUACGUUCUGUACUCUGCCCUGGGCUCGUUCUACAUCCCCAGCUGUAUCAUGGUGUUCGUCUACAUUCGCAUCUACUUUGCUGCCCGGGCGAGAGCCCGGAGAGCGGUGAGGAAACCCCCCAAGGCGGCGAAUAAGGGGCAUAACUUGGCCUCCAUCGAGGUGGAAGAUCAUCUCCCCGCCACACCCACGACAAACCCGACCGUGGUGGACACCUCUUUUUCGAAGAAGCCUCCCAGCACGCCGGACAUUGUGGGGGGAUCCUCUAGUCGAGGUGGGCUUCCCAGCCUGCCAUCCACCCCGGAUGGGCGGACGGUCAAAACGGUGGGCUUCCAGGAGCCGUUAGAGACAAAAAGUGAGGCCUCGCCACGCCCAGAAAUUCUCGUGGUGAGGUGUUCCCCCGAAGAGAGAGCGGCAGCCGCGGCUGCAGCGGCGGCGGCCGCAGCGACGACGGCGGGGGGAGGGACCCCGGAAAAUAAUAGUGCUGGUGGGGACGCUCAAUGUACGACUAUCUCCACUGCGACGGACGAUUUAAAUAGUGACAAAUGUGCUGGUGACGAGGGGAGACGGAGUAGUCCCCCCGUGUCUGAAAACUGUGCUAUAAACGUGGACAUUGUGAUCAUCAAUGAGGUCGUGGUAGUAAAGGAAGCAGAGACUGAAGGGACUCGACGCUCCCCACCAAACGGUCUCCCCAAGGAGCCACCCAUCGUGGUCGAGGCGGACGCUGGAUCCGACCAGUCUGACGAGUUUACCUCCGGACAGCACGGGGUCCAACCGCUCGUGCCCACAAUUCAUUUGAAACGCGGGUCUGAAGCCCCACCACCACCACCCAACCUGUCGCCCCAUCGAUCAACCUUGGCAGUGAGUGAGUUGGAAAGUGCCAUUUCAGAGUUGCAAUCUAACGGGGCCAGUCGUGGCGAGGAGGCGGCCGGCCAACCCUCGUCGAAACGGUCGAAACGUAACAAACUUCACUUUCUCCGGGUGGAAACUCCCACGAUUUGGCGAACCUCGUCAAGCCUCUCACUCAACGGGGACGUGCACAUUUUAGGCACGCUGUCCCGCUCUUGCUCCCGUCUCCAGCUGGAUGCCGACCCUGUGAGUGACGUGGAACCUUCCUCCUCCGACUCGGGAGCGGUGAGUCGUUGUGGCGUCGUCAAACCUCUCAAACUUCGCUUGUGUCAACCCUUCUUUGGUAAAAAGUCGUCGUCAGCCUCGAACAAGGCGAGGAGGGAUGUUUUGGACAUGGGGAAACUCCCAUCGCCAAAACAGGAGAUUCGGGAUCCGGAGCGCGAGAAGCGGCGGAUCGCGCGGAAGAAGGAGAAGCGGGCGACGUUGAUUUUAGGGCUCAUCAUGGGUUCCUUCAUCCUGUGUUGGCUCCCUUUCUUCUUCCUCUACAUUCUCGAGCCUCUCUGCCCCUCCUGCGACGUGGCCCCUUGGGGUUUCGCCAUCGCCUUCUGGCUUGGAUAUAUGAACUCUGCUCUCAACCCAGUGAUUUACACAAUAUUUAACAAGGAUUUUCGCCGAGCGUUUCGCCGUAUCCUGUUCAAAUAAAGCUCUUCGUCUGACUGUCUCAUCCUACGGAAGACAACAUAUGCAUAUAUUUAUACACACCCACCCACCGUGCAUCAAUAAUGAGUUUGGACACCGCAAUGUACAAGUUCUCCUAAAUACGCAAUCGAGUCGAACAAAGUCUGCCUCUUCUUCUUCUCUUCUCUUCACUUCCGGAAGUAGUAAGUGCAUAAUUCAUACAUUCUCUCACGCUGCACGGUGAACGACUGGAGUCGGUCGCGGAAUGAUUAAGGUAACUCGUCAUCAUCAUCAUGAAAAUGAAGAAUAGCUGCGACGACACACAUCAUCAUCAUCAUCAUCGAACAGAAUUCGAAAAGUUGUCUGGUUGGUGACAGGAGGUGACGAUUCUGCCUGCAGAGUUUUCCCACAAUCAACACGACUCAUUCAUUAUUCAGCCGUGAUGACAACUACUGAGCUAUUCGACGAACGGAUGUUCUUGUUCACACAUUUUUUCGCUCAACUUUUUAGCUUGUCAUAUUUUGUCCCCAAAUCCACGUGGUUGUGCAUACAUACAUAAUAAUCCAGGACAAUCCACAAAUUUAAACCACACACCCAGAAAAAAUCUUGUCUUUUACUCUCAACCUAUACACCCCCACAAAGAAAGCAAGAAUUGUCCCGGGUAGGUUCGUUCCGAUAAAAGAAAGUCAGCCCAGAAUUAAAAGGCCAACUCGAGGUUGUUCGCCGAAAGAAGGAAAGCCAAACCAAUUUAUAUAGACUGAGAGGAGAAAGUUACGUAGUAAAGUAGAUGGAUGGGCAGAGGAGAAAGCAAACUGAUGACCGUAUAAUAAAUACCUAUAAUACAUAAGUUAAUACAUAAUAUAAUAUAAUAUAUAUAUAAAUAGAUACCUCUAUUUCUACAUGUGUGUACUAUUACUACCCCGACUACUGUUUACAUAAACAUAUUUAGCUAUACAUACAUCCAUAAAACCACUUGGUAGGUAUUUAGAGGACGGUGUACGUACGUAAUAAGAGCGUGGUGGUGAGGAAGUAAGUGAGACAGCACCAAAUAAUACUGGCUGCCUUAUCCUCCUCUUCCCAGCCGAGAAGGAGGAGGAGGAGGAGACGGAGAAACUAAAAGGUUGUAAUCUACAAGAAAAAUAAAUUGUCUUCCAGUUCACAUUUUUCAACCAUUAUGUAAUCGGUUAGGAGAAAUAUAUUGCUAUUCACACACUACUACACACCGCAGUUUCUUCUUCUUCUUUUCCCUUUGUCCUUUCUUCUUCUUCCUCGUCCUCCUAAAUAAAUAUGUAUGCGUUAGGUCGUCCGCCAGCCAGAGAAAGGAGAAGAGGAGAAAAAAAAACAAUCACCACUUUUCUUAUUAAUGCCUCCACCACGGUCGUAGUCGUCGUUGUCGUCGUCGUCCUAGCCGAAGCCGCUGUCUCAAUCUGUUUUCCAUCCUCUGUCUUCUUUGAAUCACGGCUUGGGGAAAUAAUCCGGGCGCCCUAUUAUCUAAAUUAUGUUCUACGUGAGAGAGUACAUCAAGACCAGGGGCCGCGGAAGGGUGAGGGGACAGGGGGACAAUAUGUUCGAUGUUCUUAUCAUCUGCCCAUCUUAUAUACACCCCAAUGCUACUUUCCCCAGAUGUCCCCACUCCUUCCUCCGCGGCCACUGACGGAAAAUGUGAUUUUACUGCGCACUUACUAAAGCAGCCUCUCAUCUAUGUAUGCAGAUGUAUUUACAAACAAAGGAAAUAUUAUGUAUUAAGCUGCUGCACCUGCCCGUUUACGUGUUCAUCACGUCAAUUACUUGUUUAAUUUGGUGUGCAGACGAGUGAAAAGAGAAAGCGAGCGAGGUCUGCGUACAUACUACGUACUACUACUACUACUUAUUAUUAUUAUUAUUAUUGCGAAUGUAUGCAUAAUGCAUUGAGAGGAAAAUAAUGCGACGACGAUUUUCUAAUGCGAGGACGAGGACAACAACAAAAGGUGAAUAUUAAGUAGCACUAGGAGCGUAAUGACGUUCCACUUUCACUGUCUGGUGAAUAAUCCUGGGAGUGAAGAGAAAGUAGGCGCAAAAUCAAACUUUUCAGUGAAAACUUCUCCCAUGAUCAGCCUCAUUAAAGGACAGGGCACAUGUGUAUUUAAAAGUAGGAGAAAGCACAAGCACGUGGCUGCUUUCUCUUUCUCACCGUUUUCCUCCUCUCCCUUUUUUGGCAUCUAUUUCCGGCCCGAGCAGGGGAGGAUUAAUCCUUUAAUGAAUAGAAGAAGAGGACUGUCUUCUUUAUUUCCUUUUAGUCCUCGUGUGUGUGGCUCGUUGGGACCAACACAAUUACAGAGUGCGGGACCUUGAGGUGAUUAAUGUAUAUACGCGAAGCAGUUUUUUUUUCUUCCCCUCGUUCUUUUCAUGAAACACAGAACAACAAAUGACAUGGGGGAAAAUACUCGUGUAGAAAUAAAGGCUUGCUUUCUUUCUCUAUUCAUCUCAAAGUGUAGGGAAAAAGUGGUUGUGACUUUGUCGGAACGUAUUCGAUUAAGGAGUCUGCUGCUGCUGCUGGAUGGCUUCUUGUUGUCGUCGUCGAGCGGCGAUCAUGUGGAGCGUGGAGGGUUCAAGUUUGGCCAAUUAUUGCAAGUUUUCUCCUCCUCCUCGUCUUCCAUGUGUUUGGCUGGCUUUCGAUCAAAGAGAGAGAGAAAGAAUGUUGUUGGACAGGAGUUUGUGAGGAGAGGAAGGGGGCACGAAUUACGGGAGAGAGAGAGAAAGUGACGACGGGAAGUACGAGAGGAGGAAGUGACGGCGACUACGUCGACGACGACGACGUGCGAGCAUGCAUGCAGAAGACAGUUAACAUGGAGUGAGUGGCGUUGUUUUUGUGGAUGUGAUGCUUUCUCGUGGAAUAAUGGGAUCUUGUUCGACUUGACCAUAGACGGGGGGGAAGGGUGCAUAUCUAUGUAUGUAUGGAGGAUGGUAAUAAUGCUGUUUUCUCCACUGGUGGUGGUGGUGAUAUGGAUGAUGCAGUUUUUGGGAAGGCGGAAGGAGAGGGAGAGAGAGAAAGUGUGGGACACGAGAUUCCAAGUCAUGUCCUUCGGUCGGUCUGCCUGGUGCUGAUGGGGAAAACAGGACAAAACUUUAAAUACAUUUUGAGCAGCGGAGUGAAUUCCAACACUUUUGUUCAACACUUGAAAGACAGAGAAGGCUAGAGAAAGAAAGAAAGAAGACGAAGCUGCCUGCUGGCUCGGAGGGGUCACCAAACCAAACCAACGACUAGAACAGCCCAGGAGUCAGUAGUAGCCUUCUUUCCUGCUGGAUAUUCUCUAGCGCAACAUGUAGAUAGAGAAAGCGAGAGUUUAGUCGGACGGAGCUGGCUGGCUGGCUGGUGAAAGGUCUGCUGAAGGGAAAGAGGCGAGCCAGAUAAAGAGGCAGCAGCAGCAGCACUCGCCUCUGAUUGAAUAGCUUAUAUCGCUCUGACUAGGACUGUAUAUUAAAUAGAAGCACCAGCACCAGCAGCGGGAUGUAGAUCGGAGGAGAAGUAAAAGUACAAGAAAACGACGAAGGGAACUUUGUUCAAAAGAAGAAGAAAGUCUUGCAGCAGCUCCCUCCGUAAUUUUAAAGAGAGGUUGCCCCACCACCACCACGACGGCCGCCGCCACUGCCACUGCCAACUAUGUAUACGGCCGACUGGGACGAGACGAGAGACCAACCACUAUAUCAUCACUACUUACUUUCACUACUAUACUUUCAACUAAUUAUGAGUCAUUGAGUCAGAUUGUCCGACCUUGUUUCCCUCAGCCAGCUUUUUCCUGCUCCUUCAUCACGAAAAGAAAGUGGUUGGUCUCCUCCGUCUGGAGACUGAAAGUGCGAGUGAGGUGAAAGCAGUCGGAGUCUUGGUGGUGGAGGUUGGGUGAAGAAGGUGGCGGCGAGCAAAACAAUGUUUGACAGAUGGGGAAUCGAGAAAGAAUUUCUUCGCGGAGAGAGAGAGGAAAGUUUAAUUUCAUGCGACUUGCCUCUCCUAACAUGAACAUGUCAUUACAUCUCUUCUCUCAAAAAGUAGUUAUACUCACUCACUCACUCACUCACUCACUCACUGAGCUGGAGUAAGGAGGAGACUCUGGCUGGUGGGUGAUGGGUGCAUUCCAUGUGCCAGAGAAAUGUCAAAAUGAGAGUAGCCAAAUUGCUAUGUGGAAGAAUAUGGGGGUCUGGCUGGACUUUAUUUUCACGACUUUCUCUCUCCCAAAACUCACUUUCACUUUUCUCUCUCUCCUUUCACCACCACCACAGCUUUUCAGACUCCUUUCAAAAAGAAGAAUUCUGAGAAGAUAAGGAAGAGCGGAGGAGGAGGGGUACGUACGUGGCGGACGCGUUGAGCUGACCGUCAGAAGAGACAGGUUCUCAGAAGAAGUCGGUCGGUCGUUCAGACUUUGGGACAAAAAAGGUAGGAUCAGCUAGCUCACAAGGAAGAUCAAUAUCAAUCCAUUGUCCACACACACAAGUCGUGGUGGUGGUGGUAGUGGUGCUUUUCCAGGAAAAAUAGUGAGUGAGUGAGAGAGAAAGUACCCACCUGAGCUGUGAAAUUGAGGCAGAAAAUUCCAAACUCGACGGGCCUGAAAGAAUUAGAGGGAUUCCUUCACCUCCCAUGUACGCACCCAUUUUGCAAAUACCUCAGUUAAGGGCUCAGUCUAACGAGGUGAGACAGGUUAUCCGAAGAUAUGUCAUGUGAAGGUCCACAAAUUUAUUUUGAUCAGAUGUCCACCACUCCCGCCGCCGUCGCCCUUGUAACUUGUCCCAGAGUAGUAAAGCUCUGAUCUUUAAAUCCCCAUAUCACGGUCACUAAAAAGCUCAAGCUGUUUAACAAUGUUUGUUUUUGGCUCAACUCAAUUGGGGAUUACACAAGCCGUCUCUUGCGAUGCAUCGAGACUUUCACUUGGUCCCCAGCCCGUCCUCCUCCUAAGUCACUCGGCACAAUAAUAACUUUGAACUAGAAGUAAACUUUUCAUGGGAUAUUUGUUUGCUCAGCUUACUCACCAUCAGAGAGAGGCUUAUUGCUCAUCGUCGUCGUCCUUGUACCACCGCGAGAACGAGAACAAGUGGUGGAUGGAUGGAUAGAUGGGUGGGUGGGUGGUGUGGGUCACACACCACCCGGCGGACCGAGGAGCCAGGUGAAGUAAGUCGCCCAACUUUUCUGCAAUGAAUGAACUACUCACUCAUAAAGAAAGCCUGGUCUGAUUGGUGCCUUCAAUCGGAGGAGAAAACAAUAGAAAUGUGUCGUCACACUGUGAGUUCGCACCAUGGCGAAAAUAAUGUCCAUCCAUUUCCUUUGUGUUUCUUCCAAACGGGUCAGUUUUUUUGUCAUUAAGUUAAAACCUCCAUCACCCUUAUCCUCCUGGCUUUCUCCAGUGCUUUCUCCCUAUAAAAUGGAAUGGCUGACUGGCUGGCAGGGCAAGCAAUCCCAGAUGAGACUCUUCUUCGGGAUGAGUAUUAUUUGUUGUUUUUUUUUCUUUCUCUCUCUUUCUCCUCGUGGAAUGUGAUGUGGAAAUUCACUCACUUGACGGAUUUCAACAGACUCGUGGUGCAAUUGUAUUUUGGAGAAUGUCAAAUGUGUUUUGGUACGAAGAAAGCGUGUCAUCCGAAGGUCUGUGAGAGGAGCUGCGUCGCCAUCCCUGUUGGUGGAGAAAGUCUGCAUGUGCCCGCAAUCCGAUUUAUGAAUACGAGUCAUUGUAAAGAGUCGCAAGUCUGGAAAAAAUGGUUGGUCAUACCGACCGACUGCUUUCUCCUACUACUACUACCGACCGACCGACAUUAACUUUAUGGUGGUGGUAGGCUUCGGAUCGAGGGGAGAGUUGAGGAUGAAAAGUUGUAAGAAGUGUUUUAUUUCAAGGGGAAUAGGCAAUGAAGAAAGAGUCUCUUUAUGCCUCCGUCGGGUGCACUUACUUAGUGUGCAGAGGAAAACAAUAAUUGCUCUCUCUAUUCCUUGUUCCCAUCCAUUUGAUCCCCGUGCUUUAUUGUCCCCACUCCAGCAGACGCUGCGUCUUGUGUCCCACUUUCUCUCUCCGAGAAGAGAACAAGUCUUUCAUUAAUCUCAACUUUUUUGCCAGUCUCAACUUUCCCCUGGAACUCUCUCUCUCUCUCUCCCUUUCUCUUAACUCAAUUGACUCAAUUACCUAUUACGCCCAAUCUAAUACCUGAUUUAUUCCCCAUCCAUUUUUCCACCCUUCCCUCUGUCAACCUGGGUGGAAAGAGGCCUAAAUAUUGAACGUGGCAGGAGGCUCGAGGUGGUAAAUCUAAUCACGAAUUACACUACUAAACUGGGUGUAAGUAAUUCUAAUCAACCGCUAUCCAUUAUGCCCCCUAAUCCAUUACUGCAUACAUAAUAUUACUUUGUCUUAUCCUCCCCGAUACGUACAUAUUCCUCAGCAUGGCUUCAGUUGAAUGGAGAAAGUGGCAGCCGCGUUAUAAAUCACGGGGGGCUAAAGAGAAAGUACUGAAUUUCCCAACACGAACGACAACACGACGACGACGACGACUGAAUGGCAGAUUCUGAUCUUGAUUAUAUAUUUUUUUCCGCACUUUCUCCCUCCUCCUUUUUGUACAUAAAUAAAUAAAUAUAGCAAGAAAAGAAAACGAGGUGGUGUGGGAGGCUACGACAACACAACGACUACUUUCUCUCUCUUCUCUCUCUCUGCAAUACAAUCAAAUCAGUCAUCGAAUUUGUUAAAAAAAAUGUUUAUAUUGUUGUAAAAUUUGAACAGAUGUGAUAGCCGUUGUUUAUUGAGGAUAUAUAUAAAAAAUAUUUAGGUGGGUAUAUAGAAGGAGGUAAAAAUAUCUAUGUGUAGGCGUAAAGUGUAGACGCGUAAAUUUUCCUAGAGAUGGAUAAACUUUUAGCAAUUAAUCUUUCUCCAGAAGAAAAACCGUGAAUAAAAGAACGGAGUGAUUCCAUGAGAGGUGAUUUAACAAAACAAACCAUAACCAACAAGGACAUCAAUCAUCAAAAACAUAACAGACAUACAUACAUAUAAUACACAGGUAGUUUAUUUUUUGCAUCGAAAUUAUGGUGCUGACUGGUGAAUGGGGGGAUGGGUGAAAUAUUAAUGGUGUAAAUUUUUAGGAAAUAUAAAAAUCCUAAAAUAAGGUAAAAUAAAAUUAGUGUAAAAUAAUAAUCCCAUCCACCCCACAGAAUAAUAAAUAUGUCCUUUAUUACUAUUAUUAUAUUUGUGGUUGGUUGAAAAAAAAUUGUGAACAUGUAUGAGCUCUUUUCUCUCCUCUCAAGUUUUAAUAAAUUGCCAAGAAAGAAAUGUCGUCCUCGUUGAUAAGUACUUAUCUAUCGGUAAGAAAAUAUAUAGACAUUUGUAUUCACGAAAAAAACUUUGACCUUGUACGUUCUCUAGGUAGGUAGGGAUAUAAGGAAGGUAUUAAAUAUGUCAAUAUUUAGGGUAUGUUAUCGUCGAUAAGGAGAAGCGAGUACUUACUUAUUGUGACCAAUAUAGAAGAAAAAAGAGGUGGUGCACUUUGUCUUUUUGGAAUUGAGUGGGACAAAAAAAAAUUGAACAAUGGAUGCGAUUGUCACAAUCUCGUCAUGAUCAUGACAGUGGCCGCGGAAGGGCGUGGACAAUGUACCCAGGGUCAUUUGAUGUCCCCAUCUUAUAUAAACCCGGCCCUCCCCUAUCCUACAAUAUUAACGUCCCCACAUGUCCCCACAGCUUCCGCGGCCACUGAUAAAAAUAAGUGAGGACAACGCAUAACCCUGAGAGUACAACGAUUGAGUGGAUGCUUAAAAAAUGACGACGGAAGGGAGGAGAUAAAACCUUGACUAAAAAACAAUUAAGUAAGUGACGCAUUACAAAAAACUGUUGAUAUUAUUAUAUUCAAUCUCUUUACGAAAAUAAGUAUUUAAAUAAUUAAUUAUGUAUUACUAAAUAAAAAACGGUGGAAUGUAGUGAAUAAAUGAGUAUUAUGCAAGUUGUCACAUACAUAAUUCUCUAAGAAAUAUCUAUCUAUACACAAAUUUUGAACAAUGGUGCUAAAAGUAUUUACCAGAGGAGAAAGCAAAAUUCGACUUGGUGCAAAUUAUACACAAGUCAGACGACUACUGUUGUCUUCUUCUUGGUGAAAGUGGUGGUGGAGUUGUCUUCUCUUUCUCCCCUUCCGGUUGUUGUCUCCUUGUUAUUAUUAUUGUUCCAUGACACACACACACACUGUUGCUGUGGAUGAUAAGUACUUAUCCAUGUCGUGGUAGUGGUGGUGGUUGUGUCGUGGGGAAGGUUUAGUCAGCAGACACUUGUUAAAAUUCUAUAUGUAUAUUUAGACGUUAUGUAUGACUCCCCACCCCGUAAAAUAAAAUAAAGAUAUUUAUUCCCACCCUGCCCCACUAAAUAGUUAAUUAGUUGAUGGGUGGAUUUGUUUAUUAUUUAGUAAAUUAUACACAUUUUUAGCGGAAUUGGAGUGGAAUGUAUGAUGUAAAUAAUAAUUAAUAAUAUAUGUAAAUCAAAACGCAUCUUUUAAUUAUUGUUGUUAUGAUAAAUAUAUAUGUAGAUUGGUGGUGAUUUGAUGAUACGUGUGAAUGUGUACAUGAUGACAUGUCCAAUGUCAAUAAUAUUUGUAACUACAUACUAAAUACUACUACUAAAUACUACUACUACUACUUACUACUACGAUAAUAAAUCUGAUGAACCUCUGAUGAAA